UGGAGCACUGUCCCUCCACAUUAUCUGAAUCCACUUCUGUCCUCAUAGGAGAAGCGACAGAACCUGCCAGUUAGGUCACAGCAGGCACAGAACUUGGGUCACCCAUCUUUGCAGUAUCAGCAAUUGACACAAGUGCCUUCUGGAGCCCAUGCAAAAGCACUUAAAGCAUAUUUGGCACAAAGGAGAUGAAUUAAUGAAGAGAGUCGAUGCAAGGGGAAGUAGAUGCAAUGAAGAAAGAAGACACUCAUGGUAAUAUGGACGACAUACAGAACUUUUCUUUCUCCCAUUGCUUGGACCCUCUGGUGAAGUCAGAUGUCGCAUCACCUGUCAAUGAAGAAUUCAGAACUCAACGUACCCAGUGUGGAUACAGUCCUCCCCCCUUAGAGCUACAGAAUUUCCAGGGGACUUUAGAAGGGGGGUCGCGUAAACGUAAGAGCAUGCCCACAAAAAUGCCUUCUGCCAUCUCUCCAGGAGAUCCCACAUCCCCAUUGCUGAGAUCUGAACACAAUACAGCCAGAGGUUCUCCUGGCCUCCCUUUAAUGUUCCAGCAACACCACCCACAGCCAAAAUACAAUGCCCACAUGAUUGACCUGUGCAACAUUGGCUUUCAGUACUACAGAACUUUGGAACAUUUUGGGGCCCAGCCUAUAAAGGAAGAAGUGAUUAAACCCAGUGUCCUAUGGCCUGGACCACCCACAUUUCUGCAUACUCCCUAUCCAUACUAUCCCAAUGUUCACCCAGCCCUAAUGUUUCCUUUUAUUAUGCCCCCCAAUUUUCAUUUUAGAAGCCCCAUCCCACCCAAAAGGCCUCCAGAGCCACUCUUCCAGAGGGCUGACCUAGGAGAACAUGUGGAAAAUAAGCAGAAGGUAGAAAGGGUGGACGUGAACAUCCAGAUUGAUGACAGCUAUUAUGUUGAUGUAGGAGGGGAACAAAAACGCUGGCAGUGUCCAAUGUGUGACAAGUCUUACACAUCCAAGUACAACUUGGUGACUCACAUUUUGGGCCACAGUGGCAUCAAGCCACACGCUUGCUCCCGGUGUGGCAAGCUUUUCAAGCAGUUGAGCCACUUGCAUACCCAUAUGUUGACUCACCAGGGCACCAGGCCCCACAAGUGCCAAGUGUGUUACAAGGCAUUUACCCAAACAAGCCACCUGAAACGACACAUGAUGCAGCACAGUGAUGUCAAGCCUUACAGCUGUAGGAUCUGCGGGAGAGGGUUUGCCUAUCCCAGUGAAUUGAAAGCCCACGAGUCCAAGCAUGAGAAUGGUCGGGAGAAUAUUUGCAUUGAGUGUGGCCUUGACUUUCCAACCCUGGCUCAGCUCAAAAGACACCUGACCAGUCACCGAGGGCCCAUACAGUACAACUGCACAGAGUGUGAUAAAGCAUUCCAGUACCCAAGCCAGCUGCAGAAUCACAUGAUGAAGCACAAGGACAUCCGCCCGUACAUCUGUUCUGAAUGUGGCAUGGAGUUUGUACAACCCCAUCACCUCAAGCAGCACUCUUUGACUCAUAAGGGUGUGAAAGAGCACAAGUGUGGCAUCUGUGGUCGGGAGUUCACACUACUUGCCAAUAUGAAAAGACAUGUUUUAAUUCACACAAAUAUCAGAGCCUACCAGUGCCAUCUGUGCUUCAAGAGCUUUGUCCAAAAACAGACUCUGAAAGCCCAUAUGAUUGUGCACUCAGAUGUCAAGCCCUUCAAAUGUAAGCUGUGCGGAAAAGAAUUUAAUCGAAUGCAUAAUUUAAUGGGGCACAUGCACUUGCAUUCAGACAGCAAGCCAUUUAAAUGCCUCUACUGUCCCAGCAAAUUCACCUUGAAGGGGAACCUCACCAGACACAUGAAAGUCAAACAUGGAGUCAUGGAAAGAGGAUUUCGUUCUCAAGGACUUGGAAGGGAACGAAUGAGAACAUCACAGACAGAUGUGUCAAGAGCCUUGGAACAGGAAGAACCUUUUGACCUUUCUCAAAAAAGCCAAGAGAAGGGAUUUUCUUUUCACUCUGAUGGUGAAAGUGCCAAGGAAAGCUUGUGUCAUGAGGAAGAGGAAGACAACUGCUAUGGAGCAGAACCGUACAGCCCUGGCAUGUACCACAGCAACAAACCGUAUUUAAUUCAAGAGCUUCCAAGCCAAUCACAACAUCACAUGAAAGACUUCAGAGAGGCCUACAACAAUGGGAAAGAGGACAGGGUGAACAAUGGGAAAGAGGAGAGGAGAGAACAUGAGGAGAAGAAGGAAAGCAAAGGGAAAGAAAGCUGGACAGAAAAGAACUUUAUGAACAACAGUGAAGAAUGCCUGACCUUCAGCCACUUUGAAAAUCAUAGACUUACUCAAUCUCUCUCUGACUACCUAUAUUUUCAACACAGAAACAAGAGUUUAAAGGAACUACUGGAAAGAAAAAUGGAAAAACAAUCUGUUUUUCUUGGUAUCUAAAUGAACACAUAUUAACUUACUCUUGGGAAAGAGAGGUUAAUCCAUAGGUUUCAUUAACAUGAACUGGAAUCAACCAGGACUGGCAAAUGAUAAGAAGAGAACAAGCACAAAUUAGUACUGUACAUAUGAUUUAAGACCAUUUUCACUUAUCAUUCAACUGUUAAUCUUCUCUGUCUUUAUAUAACAAUGCCAUAGAUUUUAACCCCAUCUAUAAAGCUGUCCCCAGUAUUCUGUCCUAGCAUUCUAGCUUGUCUCUCAGUGUAGCUGGAUGACAUGGAAGAAUCCUUAGGCAACAGGUUGAGCAGAGUAUAUAAGAUGUGUCCGUUUUUAAAUUAUUUCCAUCUAAAAUGUCUUUGGAACAUUUCACUAAGAUACGUUAAGUUUGUUUUGUUUUUGUUUACAGGGAGGAAGCUUGGUACACAAGAGAGCAAUCAAAGAUGGCUGCCCUGACUUACCUCCUGGGAUACUACAAUGCAUUCCCUUAGAAGAAUUUUCCCCCCUGUUAGAUAUGUAGAACAGACCAUGACUCUGACCCUAACAUCCAAUCAUGUAAGAAACCAGGGCAAGUUUCCUGAUGCUCUAUAUUACCAGCCAUAUGGAAUCUGUUGUCAUAGUUUAAUUGCAGACUUUCUUGGAUGUAUCUGUCAUUCUAUGAGCUCUUUCAUAUGAUAUAAUUAUAGCAUUAUGGUUACACUUUAAAUGCGACAGUUUCAUUCUAUGGAAUCCUGGAAUUUGCAGUUUAAUGAUGUAUAUUUAGAAUUCUCUGUCAGAGAGCUUUUUUUGCAAGACCUGCAAACUAAAACCCCAGGAUUCCACAGGAUAUAGCAAUGACAGUCAAAGUGGGAUCAUAUUAUUAUAAUUCUAUGAACUAUGGGUGGGUUGGGUUCUAGGCAGAUUGUCAGCAUCAAAAAGAGUCCCAGGAAAGUGGACUCAGGUUGGUCCAUUCCUAUAUUAGUGGGCUUCCAGCAGUAGUCUUAUCUGACAUCAAUGGCUGGGCUAGCAAAUUGUCAUUUUAAGCAUCCUGGAAUUGCUUUCACUGCUUGAGGAAGUAUUGCCCUACAGCAGAGGUUCUUAGCUUUCUUUUGGGCCACUCUGAGAUGAAAUCUAUAUUGUUAUCAUGGUAAUAAUGACAAUUCUGUGUUACCUGACAAUGCACAGUAUCAUGCCAUACAUGUCUUGAGAGUGAAGCAAUCUCCUAAUAACGUAAUAUGACAUUUAAAAAAGAUUCCUCUACAACUGCCAAGAUGAUUUUAAAAGUAAGAUAAAAGAAAUAGAAGAAAAAUAGAAGAAAAUUCACUUAUUGACCAAUUGCCCAGGGAAAUAUUUGCAUUAUUGGGCUCCCCCAGGCCCUGGCAGGAGCCUGGUGCUGAUGUUAGGCUUGGAUCUAAGGAUUUUUUCACACAGGAGGCAAGCAUCAUUAAAUCGUGAUUAAAUCAUGCUAAUAGUGUGAUCAGGGGAAAGA